AUGUUAUUGAGGCUAACUUUCCUGUCUUCUAAAUUAGACAGAUGUCUUCACAAUAGAGCCCAACAAAGGCAUAUAUUCAUUGCAACUGCAUUGACUAUUGGCAGUUUUCUGUUUGGUAAAGAUGCAAGAUUAGCAGAUAUGAUGGAUAGAGGUGAGUUACAUGAUAAAAAUGUUGAGUAUGAACUUAAACGUCAAGAAAGGAUUGAUGCUCGUUUAAAAACUUUACAAUCAACGAGACCAAUGAAACCAAUGUAUAAGGGACAUGUACCUUUAACUGCAAUUGAAAAAAUGAUACUAUUUACAGUUUCAGGUGUCAGAUCCUUUUUUCACCCAGAGAAUGGUAUUAACAUUGUCCAACUGGGAGAAUCAACUGCUCUUCCAUUUGUUCUGGAGAACUUGAAACAAACAAUGUUAUCAGAUGAAACAGGUAGAAGGAUAUUAAGGGAAAAACCUAACGUAACCACUGAUCAAUUAGAUAUGGGUAAACUAUCAAAAUUACCUAAAAACACUUUCGGUUACAGAUUUUUUAAGUGGUUGGAAAAAGAAGGUGUCUCGCCAGAUACCAGAGCUCCUGUCACUUACAUUGACGAUCCAGUUCACGCCUAUAUAUUUAAAAGAUAUAGACAGUGCCAUGAUUUCUAUCAUUCUUUGAAUGAUUUGCCAAUUAUUAUAGAAGGUGAAAUAACUGUAAAAGCUCUGGAAGCUGCAAAUCUUGGUAUUCCAAUGGCUGCGUUGGGUGCUCUUCUCGCUCCAUUACGUCUGAAGUCAGUUCAAAGAGAUCGUUUGUACGAUAUUUACCUUCCAUGGGCAGUUAAAACUGGUUUAAGUUGCAAACCUUUGAUUAAUGUAUACUGGGAAGAAUUGCUAGAGAAAGAUAUAGAUAAGCUUAAGAAAGAAUUAGGCAUAACUGCUCCUCCAGAUUUAAGAGAAAUAAGAAAGGAAAGAGCACAAAAGCGUAAACAAUUGAAACUAAGAUACGAGAACUUUGACCAAUAA